GCCUCUGCUCAGUGCUCGAUUUCCAUGUUCCUCACUCAAGUCUCAAGCCUCAAGGAAGCGAUCAAACACUUUUUCAACGAAGCUCUCCAAUCUCAGACACGUAGCUUGAACAACAAAAGCUCUCCGCUUCAUCGUGAAAAGCUUCCCUUCAGCUCUUCCAUGAUUUGAGGCAGGAUUUUGUGGCACGUUGAGUGCUAGUCUAAUCAGACUAUCCAUGUGAUAGACGACAUUUUGGCUUUUGGCUUGGUCAGAUGGAUAUUUCUUUAAUACACAUCAACAUCAUGCCCUAUCAUGCUUCUUCUCUCCCUUUGGUCAAGUUGGUUAACAAUGGGAAAGUGUGCGCUCCCAGAAUCAGAAACCUUCUCGGCGACCGUGAGGCGAGCAUCACUCCAAAACAAACGCACCCCACUUCGCUCCGCUUUUCGUGGCGCAUCUCUUCCUCCUUUUCUAGUAGUGCAACUGAAUCUCGGCCGAUCAUGGAGGAUGAGAUGAAGAAGAUGGAGAGGUUCGAUAGUGACAGUGCUGCAUCGCUCCUGAAGGAGCUCAGAGGGACCUUCGCUUCUGGCAAGACCAAGAGCUAUGAGUGGAGAGUCCAGCAGCUCAAGAAUAUGAUCAAGAUGAUCGACGACAAUGAGAGGGCAAUCAUGGAAGCUCUCCAGCAGGACCUCGCGAAACCCAGAUUCGAAUCUUUUGUCUCGGAGAUUUCUUUGACCAAAGCUGCAUGCAAUCAUGCGCUUAAGGAAUUAAAACAUUGGAUGAAGCCAGAGAAGGCAAAAACUGCAAUAACAACUUUUCCAUCAUCUGCAGAAAUAGUAUCGGAACCAUUUGGCAUUGUGUUGAUAAUUUCAGCAUGGAACUAUCCUUUCUUGUUAUCUCUUGAUCCAGUUGUUGGAGCUAUUGCUGCUGGUAAUUCUGUGGUCUUAAAGCCAUCAGAAAUUUCUCCUGCCACAUCUUCAUUGCUUGCAAAGUUAUUAGAGGACUAUCUUGACUCCUCUGCUGUAAGAGUUGUGGAGGGAGCUGUUGCUGAAACAACUGCACUGUUGGAGCAAAAAUGGGAUAAAAUACUGUAUACAGGUAAUGGAAAAGUGGGACGCAUUGUGAUGGCUGCUGCUGCAAAGCACCUCACACCCGUAAUCUUGGAACUUGGAGGAAAAUCUCCAGUUGUUGUUGAUUCAAAUGUCAAUUUAAAAGUUUCAGCAAGGAGGAUAGCUGCAGGCAAGUGGGGUUGCAAUAAUGGACAGGCCUGCAUUGCUCCUGAUUACAUUAUAACCACAAAAGCUUAUGCUCCAACAUUGAUUGAUGGUUUGAAAAAUAUACUAGAGGAAUUCUUUGGGAAGGAUCCAUUGGAAUCAAAGGACCUGUCCCGCAUUGUUAAUUCAAAUCACUUUUCACGCUUGGCAAAGUUAUUGGAUGAGGAUAAAGUUUCUGGAAAAAUUGUCCAUGGAGGCCAACGAGAUGAGACCAGACUAAUGAUUGCUCCCACCAUUUUGUUGGAUGUUCCAGAAGACUCUCUGAUCAUGAAUGAGGAGAUAUUUGGACCUCUACUUCCCAUUAUAACGGUUGACAAGGUGGAAGACAGCUUUGAUAUCAUAAAAUCAAGGUCAAAGCCUCUUGCUGCAUAUCUCUUCACCAGUAGCAAGAAGCUUGAGAAGGAAUUUGUGGAAAACAUUUCUGCAGGAGGGAUGCUCAUCAACGACACUGUUGUGCAUCUCACAAAUCCAUCUUUACCAUUUGGAGGAGUUGGAGAGAGUGGAAUCGGUUCAUACCAUGGCAAGUUCUCAUUUGAUGCUUUUAGCCACAAAAAGGCAGUUUUAUACAGAAGUCUUUAUGGGGAUGCACCUGUAAGGUACCCACCAUAUACACCUGGAAAACUUAGGAUAUUGAGGGCCAUUUUGGAUGGCAGUAUAAUUGGCGCAAUUCUUGCUUUGAUUGGAUUUGGAAAAAAGAAGCUUGAAUGAUCCAGCUCAAAUGGAGUGUUUAAAUAAGUUUGCUUCAUAUACAUAUUUGUAUCGGGAAAGCACCUUUACUUCAAUUGGAUGUAAAUGCAUUCAUAUUUACCUUAUUACAAAUACAAAUCAAUUGAUUUGCAUGAUAUUCUUCGC